GGCCGGUGGAUGGGACUAUGACAGUCAGCUUCUUUAGGGGAUGAACUUUGCUUGUCCCUGAGCUUCACUCCAAGUGGAGAAGCUGUGUGACGGAGUGACUCCUGGGAAGAGAGACUAUUAGCAAUAAGAUGGCGGAGAAGUCUCAAGGAGACCAGGAAAAGAGCAGGAAAGACAUCCUGAGGUCCACCAAGAGGACAUGGGCUCCCCUGGAUGAGCAGCUGCCCCCUGGCUCUGAGGAGGAGAGCCACAGUCUCACCACCCCCAUGCUGGAAGAUUCCAAACAAGAAAGUAUUCCGCACUGGCUGGACUCUGGAUUCUUUGUCUCUGUAAAUGAAAACCUUCAGCCAGUCAUCAGCCACAUUGUUCCUUUUCAUGAACAAGGAAUGGUUCAAAUGACUGUGAAAGACUACACGAGAUCUCUGCAUCAGUUUUUAGAAACUCCCACUCUCUCCAGAGGGACCAGUUUCAACUCUUGCCAUUCUGCUGCAAGUAUACCACAAAGCAUUCCUGAAUGGCUGGAAUUUUGGGAAAAAGAUCCAGUGGAGAUUCUCUUGGAUCUGGGGUUUGGUGCUGACGAGCCAGACAUCUACACACGAAUCCCAGCCAGAUUCCUGGGUUGUGGCUCAGCAGCCAGAGGAAUCGACAUCCGUGUUUUUCUUGAAGCUCAAAAACAGCGAAUGGACAUUGAGAACACUAACUUGUACGGCCGUUUCUAACAGCUGGAACUAUUGGAUCAUGUGGCCAGUGCUUUCUCAUCUUUGCUGAAUGAUGUCAACAUCCUGCAGAACAAAGCUGAAGAGGAAGAUGAAGGAAAAAGUGUGCAAAGAACCUCAGUGAGUGAAGCCAAGGAGCAUCGAAGAAGAAUGGGUGAACUUUUGGGGAAUGGUUCAAAGCAGAACACUAGAAGGGAUGAUAGCCUGGGAGCAUCAUAGUCAUUGAAGAUGAGAAACAAAAUUUCCAUCGUCUCUGCAGAAGCAGGGUGUGGAGCAGUUGCCAUGACAAACAAACACGACCAAAGUCAUUUGUUUCUUUCAGCAGAGCACUGGUCUCUUCAAGCCUGUGAUGACUUGACACCUUGUGAUCCUCCCCGAGCUCUUCUGAGCAAGCAGUGGCCUCACUCAUCCAUGCUGGCCAAGCAGGCUCUGCCUUCCUGUGUGUCUGAGGGGUCAGUCAAGGACAGAACUCAAAAGGAGAACUCACUUCAGACUAACAAACUCAAGAGCUUGUCUUGUCUUGCAGGCAAAGCACCAGACUCCUUCGAAAUGGAAGAGGUCCAGAGCUUUGAAGAAGAGGCUGAUAAUCCUCUUGACAUGACCUCAGGAACUGUAGGUAAGAAUUCAUCAAGAGCAAACAGCUGCCAGGCUGACAGCAGCGGGUUCCUGGAGGAACCACCACCCCUGCAGAUACCCUGCUUGUCAAGCUACCAGAGUCCUGCUGAGAAUGGAUAUAGAAAGCCAAGGAAUCAGAGCCACAGCUUACAGUCAUCCCAGGACUGUCAGCAAGAGUCACAGGAGUCUGAUUCUGUGAGGACAUCCUUUUCAAGUCAAGACUGGAGUGUCUUGGAAGAAAAAGCCUCAACCUCUGUGGUAGAGAAAGAGUCUCAGUCUGAGGCCAUGGACGGGCCCCCAGAGCUGUUGACCCAAGAUCUGGCCCUUGAUAAGACCACCCCUGGGGGAGAACCCCCGAGGAAAAACAGCCAUCUGUGGCAGCAUCCGCCUGUGCCCCAGACUGAAUAUGAGGCCAUUGUAGGCACGGUUACCUCCAAAUAUGAUUGCCCUCUGGGUCUUAUGGUGAUGCACAUCACAGAAGUGAAGGAUGGGUUCCUGAGGCCUGAGCGAGCUGGGGCAGUAUAUGUGCAAAGCCACCACUGUGAGUCUCAGAGGUCACCUGGAAUUGAUCGUGCUCAAGACAAGUCCUUUCAUGUUGACUCGGAGGCCCCAAGAGGAACAGAAGGCGGUAAACUCUGUCCUGAUAUUAACAACGCCUUACUGAUGAAAAAAAGUGUCCCACAGCACGUCCCCAAGCCCAGUGAAGCCAUGCCCUACACAGGCGACCUUGUCCAAACAUCUGGAAAGUCCAUUCCCCAUCUAGAUUAAGUGGCUGGCGAUACUCCCCAAGUGAGGCCAAGGUGUAGUGCUUUGGGUCAAAUACCACCUACAGCAGAAUCUGAGAUGGGAAACCUUCCUCCAGAUGCUAAGGUAAACGCUGUUAGCUCCAAGUCCGUGACAAUCCACAUGUUCUCCAAACUGGCAACAGCUGCUCAGAGUGCUGUGGUCUUGGGAAUGGAUUCUAGAGAAGCAACUUCAGAAUGCACUACGUGUGACCCUGUUACCACGGCAGAACCAGGACUGGGAACAGAAGCAAGACAGUUCAAUGAGGGCUUCCCUGAUUUCAACCACCAGAGACUGUGGUUAAGCAAAGCCAAGACUAAGAAAAAUGAUUCUAAGCAGCCUUUCUCUAAUCAAACACAUACCAUCCGAACAAACGUGUUCAGUGUUGUUGAGAUUCAGAGUGAGGCAUGCACAGUCCAUGAGAUGGAAACAAUGAAGACGGUAUGCCAGAGUUUCCAGAAGCAUUUAGAAGAAAUUGAGCAGCACCUUAGAGAACAACAGGCACCCUUUUCCAGGGACAUGUCAGAGGAGAAAAGGGAGGAGGCUGAACAACUGCAAACUUUACGUGAAGCCCUGCAGCAGGAGUUGGAGGAGCUAGAGUUUCAACUAGGAGACCAGGCUCAGCAAAUUCGAGAAGGGAUGCCAUUGCAGCUUGAGCUUCUCACAGGGGAACCACCUGAACACUACACAAAUCUGCAUCAGUAUAACUGGACCGAAGAAAAGAAUGCCCAGACUUCAUGUGCUAAGAUCCACCCCUCCAUGGCCCCUGGGGCUGCCUUUCCUCCCAGUGAUGGCCAGCGGGUUCCAUGCUCCAAUGUGACCCAUUUAGCUGCCUUUCCUCCAUCCACCUUGGGGAGUAGCACCAGGAUGUCUCCUCCAGCCUGGGCAGAAUCAGAUCCAGCCUCUCUGUCAAAUUGUCCUAUUGGAGAAAAGGAUACAGAUGUCUUCCUCUAG